AUGGAGCCUGCUCUAGUCAGCCUCCUCUCUUCACCAAAGCCGUCUCAGACUGAGAUGCUCGGGUCGACGUUGUCUCCACCAGUCUUGUGUCACACGUCUACCGCUCAAGAUGAGCGACCAAAUACCCCGGCCUACGUCCGUGCCAGCACGUCCUGUGCAAUGAAUGGCCAGCUUGAAAAUGGGAAUGCACUUUCACCCCGCCGCUAUGCCAACUUUAGUCAGCCAGACCACCGCCAGCCACCCUCCUUUGCCUAUUCGUCUGUCACUGUAGUCAAUAGACCCGAGAUCAUCCAGGCCUUCUUGCGGGUUAUGCUUGACAAGGCAGGCAACCCCCAGCCCAUAUACUGGUCUGUCAAUGACCUUGGUACAUCAUGUAUAGGGAAGAACGAGAUCCUCGUCUUCCAAUGCAACCUCUACACGGACUGCUAUGGGCGAGUUGAGAGACUCCUGGAGGCUGACGCUGAAAAUGCGCUGUUAGAAGUCCGACUCCUUGGGUGGAAUAGCAUGCAUUACGGGCUCAAGGUACCGGAUGCCAUACUCAUAGCCCUUGCUGCGGUUUCUCGAGAACGCCUAGUGUCUACAUACGAUGAAGAAGCCAGGCUGCGUUCACUCAGCCACAACGUCAUCCAACACGCCUUCACCGCCAUCACCAAUGUCCACGACUAUCUCAGGCACAGGGACGUGACGCGCAUUCCAAGAGACCCCACUACUUUGGCCCUCAUGGACGCCUUCAUAGAGAACCCAGACAUGCAGCACUUCCACCCUGGGCUGAGUACCAGCACCGCGUAUGUGUUUUCCGACCGCAUUCUUCGGCUCGCAAUCCACAUCCCCGAACCCCCCCCCCGCAGCUUGACUUGA